AUGUCAACUACUCACGAUUCCCCACCACCCAUUCCGCCAAAGCCUAAUACACCAGACAGGAAUUCGCAAGUUAGUAACGUCACAAAUAUUGGUCAGCUGCUAAAUUUGAUUGAUAAUGAAAUCGGAAACUCUCGUUCAGACGACGAAACUCGGAAUCAGGCGACAAAAAGGCAAACAGUACAUAUAGAUCCAAAGCAUCAACCUAUGCCGUUGAAUACAAGUGUAAACACACACUUUCCUGAGGCUACAAAUACUGCAAACCCGAUGCAGCCACAACAAAUGCUACCCCAACACGCAAAUGCACCACACGUUUAUCCUCCACAGCCAAAUUACAAUCCUGCGCAACCAUAUUAUAAUAAUAAUUACAGUGGGGGACAGUAUCAAUAUCAAGGAGCAUAUACUGGGUCUUAUUAUUCGUCAUAUCCUCGUGACCUAACGUCUCAAGGAUGGCCUGCUCAGACGUCGGCUUAUCCACCAAACUCUAAUACAAGGCCUCUGCCUAAUCCACCUUCAAAUACAAUCUAUCCUUCGCAUAAUCAAUCUGUUCAAUAUUCUCACAACAUGUACUCGUAUGGAGUCCCUUACGUACCUCCGACAAAUGUACCAAUGCCCGAUUAUCUUAAAUACAUAGAUAAUUCUGCGGGAUCACAUGUUCAACAUGUUGGCCAAAACAUUCAACCACCACGAAGGAGUCCUCAACCACAUACACAGCCCGUAUUUUCGCCAGAAUUACCUUAUGAAGCAUAUCCUACUGAUUAUACACAUAAUUACCCUCCUACUCCCGGUCCUGCAACUUGGUCGUCAACAUCUUCGCAAACGACAUCAACAAAACAAACAAGUUCAAUACCAGAAGUCAAAAAACCGUAUUUAGCUGCCCCUCGACCGACGAAUCCUGCAUUGCUAUCGUGUAUAGCACUAGCAUUUCGAACUAAUAUUAAGUUAGGGACUCAUGUGAAAGGGGCACUGGAAUAUCCAGAAAGUUUUACAGGCAAAGAUGCAGUGAGCACAAUAUUCUCUGUUGUUCAACAUUAUGUACCCAGCGUUCUUCGUCAUAUCGCAUUAUCAAUGGCUCGUUCGUUAGAAGCCCAACUUUAUUUCCAUUCAGUCUACUGGGCCGAUGUUACUGUAAUCAAAGAUACAGAAGAUGAAGUUUAUACAUUCCUAAACCCAGAUCCUGAAUCUCCUACAGCCAUCGAAUUGGAUGAAGAUUUUCCAACCGGGGUUUUCCCUAUUAUUGCAAAAUGCUAUAGCCCUCGUUGUGGUUUCGAUGGCAAAGGUUGUUAUUCUAGGACUUGUCCCAAUUAUGUUCCAGGCGUGAAUGAAAAACCACCAGAUCCUGCUAUGAUAAUACCAGAAAUCUUGACACCUAUUGAUGCCGUAGAAACUCCGGCUCAGGACCGUACAUGGGUUGGAUCUGUGCCGAAGGAAAUUUUGGAGUCACUUAGUAAAGAAGAAAUAAAACGCCAGGAAAUUAUUUUUGAAACAAUAUAUACUGAAGAAGAUUAUGUGAAGGAUUUGGAUCUCAUCGAAGAGCUUUAUAUAAAAGGACUUCGUACAUCUUCGCCACCAGUUAUUCCAACUCAACUUGACAGCUUCAUCCAAGAAAUCUUUUUUAACGUCUUAAAGAUUCGUGAUCACAAUCGAAAGAUGCUUGAACGACUACAAAAACGUCAAAAGGAAAAUCCGGUGGUGGCAGUCAUUGGAGAUAUAUUCUUUGACUGUGCGCUAGAAUUCGGCAAUGAUUAUAUAGAUUACAACGGGCAUUUUCCUAUCGCUGACAGUCAUAUUAGGUCUACAAAACUAAAGAAUCCCGAAUUUAAGAGAUUCUUAGAGCAAUGUUCACGAUCUAAAGAAGCUCGUAGACUUGAUUUCCGCCAUUUUGUUCAACGUCCUACUACACGUCUACAACGGUAUACAUUAUUACUCGAACAGAUUAAGAAACAUACACCAGAUGAAAAUGAAGACAAAGGUUAUCUUGACAGUGCACUGCAAACAAUUCGUGAACACUGCGUUGUAAGCGAUAAUAGAGUUCACGAAGCCGAAAAUCGACUGAAGAUUUUGGAAAUUGAACGUAAAUUGGUCAAAAAAGAUGGAGGCCCUUGCAAUGAACUCAAUGAGCUCAAUCUUUCCGACCCAAAUCGACAGUUGUUAUUCAAGGGUGAAUUACAAAAGAGAACCAGUCUUGAUAAACAUGAUUUAUUGGUGUUUCUCUUUGAUAAUUAUUUGGUUAUGACAAAGGAAAGAAAGGGUCCUGAUGGUGAAGUAAAAUACCAACUAUCAAAGAAGCCUAUUCCAUUAGGUUUACUUAUUAUAGAUACUCCUAGUGAAACUCUGCAACAAAAGGCUCCAACGUUUCAUAUCAACAUUAAACCACUUGAUCAAGUUAGGAAAAGAACUAAUAGUACGUUGCAAUCUCCUAUUUCACCGCAAAUUGUCACUGAUCUUGAAGGACAAGGCAGUGCUUAUGGUCGACAUCCGUUCACCAUCCUCCACAUUGGGCGACAUGGAGGCCAAUAUCAAUUGUUUGCAGAUUCAGAUACUACGCGAAAAAUGUGGAAAGAUAAAAUACAAGAGGCACAAACAAAACUUCUAUCGAACGAAGCUGUUAAUAAACAGAUCUUUGAAAUAUUUACGUUAAAUGAUUCCACAUUUGUAAUUAGCACUAGUGGAUCAACUACUGCAGGACCAUCAACAUCCGUAUCAAGAAGCAAAGUUACAUGUUCCGUACCUUUUGUCACAUCUGACAAACGUAACAUGGUUGCUAUUGGAGCUGAAGACGGUGUCUGGAUGGGAUUUGGAGGAGAAGUGAGGACUUUCAAGCAAGUUUUAACUGUUAGCAAUGUGACCCAGAUGGCAGUUCUUGAAGAUUUUGGAAUAUUUGUUGUAUUAUGUGGUGAGUAUUUACAAAUUGAGGCUAUAAUACCAUCAUCAUCAAGCGCAAACUCUCACAACCAACCAUAUCGCCAACGCCUGAGCGCUGGUAACAAUGUCCAAUAUUUUAAUGUUGGCGUUAUAAAGGAAAGGAAUUCUACGAAGGAAAAAACUUUAGUAGUAUACAUGAAAAAAAGGGGUUUAGAAAGUCACUUUAAAGCUUUGGAGCCCGUAUAUGCAGUCGGCUCAAGUAGUGAUAAAUCAAAAGCUUCAUCUUCCCGUCGUGGUGCAUUUGCUAAUCUAAUUUCCUCAAAAAACGAGUGGUUCAAGGAAUAUAAGCAAUUUUAUAUCCCAUCUGAAUCAUUUUCGAAUGUAACUAUACCCGAUUUCUCUGAUCCAUCUUUUGCGCAACUGGGAAGGAAACUAGAUACGUCCAAACCGCUUGGAAUGUUUAGGUUAAAUGAUGAUGAAUUUUUGUUAUGCUAUGAUGGUAACCAUUUAAUUAUUUGUUUCAUCCAUGGUGAAUUAUCGCGAAAAAAUGUGAUGGAAUGGGAGGGUCAUCCAGAAACAGUAGCAUUGCAUUUGCCAUAUAUUAUUGGAUUUGAUCCGUUGUUUAUCGAGAUACAUGACGUUGAAACGGGGAAGUUAUUGCAAGUAAUACCAGGAAAGAACAUGCGAUGUUUGAACGAUAAUUCUUCAGGAAAACACGCAAUACAUGCUGUUAUGCAUCACCCUUAUUAUGACGCACAAUACAUAUUCCAAUUAGUAGCGGCUGAUAUCAGAAGGCAUGAUAGUUAUAGAUCUUCUCGUUAA